GUCAAGAUGGUGAAGCUGUUCAUCGGGAACCUGCCCCGGGAGGCCACGGAGCAGGAGAUCAGGGAACUUUUUGAGCAGUACGGGAAGGUCCUGGAAUGUGACAUCAUCAAGAACUACGGGUUCGUGCACAUCGAGGACCGGACGGCGGCCGAGGACGCCAUCAGGAACCUGCACCACCACAAGCUCCACGGGGUCUGCAUCAACGUGGAGGCCAGUAAGAACAAAAGCAAAGCCUCCACCAAGCUCCACGUGGGCAACAUCAGCCCGGCCUGCACCAACCUGGAGCUGAGGGCCAAGUUUGAGGAGUACGGACCCGUCAUCGAGUGCGACAUCGUCAAGGAUUACGCCUUCGUGCACAUGGAGCGGGCGGAGGACGCGGUGGAGGCCAUCAGGGGGCUGGACAACACCGAGUUCCAAGGUGAUCCGGGAUGGGAUGGGGGAACGCCGGGCUGA